AUGGGCGAGAAUUUGCAUUACGCUGUGCGUGGUUCCAAUGGAUUCAGUAUUAUUAGGGGUAUUAGCUCACCUUCAAGGAUAUAUGACAAGUCUGAGGAUCCCAAGUCGCAUCCCUGUAGAGUAUUUCAAUUCAGUAAUACUGGACAAUAUUUUUGUUACUGCGAUACUGUCAGAACAGUUUUGCUGGAAAGUUCCACUGGAAGAGAAAUAUUUAAUGUUGAUUUACCGCGCACUCAGCAAAUCGUCUUUUCUCCAAGGGACCGUCUAUUGGCAGCAUAUGAACCAUAUGUUUCUUAUGUUGCAAAAACGACUGAAAAUAUCGAACAACGACAACCAACACCAAAUCUCAGGUUAUGGUCUCUUCCCGACGGGAAGCAUAUCACUACAUUAAUUGCUCAAAAGCAGAACUCAUGGAAAAUUCAGUGGACUGAUGAUGAAGUUUAUUCAAUUCGUUUGGUCGGAUCCGAAAUUUUGAUUCACAAAUAUAACUCAUACGAGAAAUAUGAAUCAAAACUAGUGAUCCGAAAUGUUGAAAGUUGCUCAUUGAGCUCUGGGAUGGAGCCACAUCAUCUUGCAGUAUAUAUUCCUGCAUCUGGUGGACAACCUGCAUUGGUACAACUGAAGAGGUUGGAUCACAAAUUCACUACUGUGGCCAGCAAAACUCUCUUUAAAUGCGACAAAGUUAAUUUGUUGUGGAGUUGCAAAGGAAGUGCAAUGAUAGUAAUGGCCAUAGUGGAUGUUGACACUUCAAAUAAGAGUUACUAUGGUGAACAGAAUUUGUAUCUUGUGGCAGUAAAUGGUGAUAGUUGUGCUGUGCCGCUAGAAAAGCGUGGACCAGUCUACUGCGCUAAAUGGAGUCCUAGCGGGAAACAGUUCGCAGUUUGUUAUGGAUUUAUGCCUGCUCGGGUUACCUUAUACAAUUUGAAAUGUGAUCCAGUUUUCGACUUUGGAGAAGGCCCACGAAAUGAUGUCUAUUACAAUCGAUUUGGAAAUAUCUUGAUACUUUGUGGUUUCGGAAACAUUGCAAGUGGCCGUAUGCAAUUUUGGGAUGUUGAAGCUCGACGUGAAAUUGUUACCAUGGAAGCACCAAAUACUACAUUAUUGGAAUGGGCACCAGACGGUCAGCAUUUGAUGACUGCUACUACUGCCCCAAGACUUCGGAUCGAUAAUUGCUUCAGGAUAUGGCACUACAGUGGUCGUUUGCUUUACGAAAAUCGUUAUGAUUCUCCUUCUGAGUUAUGGCAGGUACAAUGGCGUCCUGUUCCUGGAAACAUUUACCAUUCCUUUUCGAUUCCAAUUUUGACAGUUGAAGACAAAGCAAAGGCUGGUUUACUGGUGCAAAGGAAGAACGUAAGCGAUGAACACCCAGCUAAUAAUUUGUCAGUUGGCGCAAUCAGUAAAAAUGGAACUUAUGUGCCUCCGCAUUUGCGCAAAGGUGCAUUAGUUUCGACGAAGAAUGCCUCAAAAAUGGCGGUAUCGUUUCCAAGUUCAAAAGCUCCAUUGUCUGAAAAAGAGAAAAGGAUACGUGCAUUGCAAAAAAAGAUCGAUGAUAUUGAGAAGCUAAAGAAACGGAAAGAAAGCGGGCAACCUUUGGAAGCAAAUCAGAUCGCAAAAAUUGAUAAAGAAGAUGAGAUUAUUGAAGAAUUAGAAAAAUUAAAAGUUGCCUAA